AUGUAAAAUUAUUUAUAUUAAAAUUGGUCAAUAUAUUGUUUAAUACCCGAUCCUUUAUAUAAUUAUGAUAAAGAAGAUUAAUUAAGUCAUAUUUAAGAAAUAAAUGGAGAAUCAUAAUAAGAGAAAGAUACUAGAAAGUUUUUAAAUAUUCUUACAAAAAAUACUAUUAAAAAAGAAACAGUCGAAAAAAAUGUCAAAGGAUUUGUUUAUAAAAUUAAUCCAAUAGAUGAAAUAUGUAACGAUUAAAAUGAAAAUAAUAAUACAAAGGAUGAAUUAUUAUUUUUAAAAGAUAAUUAUCCAGGUUUUAUUCUAGUAAAAAUUUUUGUACCUGGUGACUCUUUUGGUGAAAUAUCUUUAAUUACUUCUAAGGGAAGAACUGCUACUUUGGUAUCAAAAGAAGAAUCUCACGUUAUGAUUUUAAAUAAAGCUUCAUUUGAUAAAGUUUUGGGUAGUAUUUAAGAGGCUAUACUUUAUUAAUUCGAAUAAAAUGAUAUUUGUAAUGUUUUUGGAUAUAAUUUUUUCGAGAAACUAAAAAAUUAAAUAGUCUAAUUUUGA